AUGUCGGACACUAAAGUGUUACUACGAUCUGAUGUGGCAGCUAACAAAAAGACACUUUUAAAAAAACCAAUUACAAAAUCAUCAACUCAGUUAAAAGAGAGCGCAGCUGCUGCCGAGGAAAAGGAAAAAGGCAAAACCAUAAAACUAGCUAAUGUUACAAGUACCACAUUAAACAAAGCAAAGGUGGGGAGUGUAAAUAAAACACAGCCACAAAGAAGUACAACAGGAAGUCAACAGACCAAAAUACUGGUCCCUCGAAAGAGCGUCUCAACUUCACAACAGAAAGAUUUACCAUUACGUGCCAAACAUGUGUCAACCUCAAAAGACAUUAGAGCAACGCGUCAAAACUAUACAACAACCAGAACAAACAUUACAAAAAUAGAGAAGAAACCUGUGAAUAAUAAACCGAAUGCUGUUCUAGAUACUCCCCAUAAUGUUACUGUAUCCUCACCUCCUCCUCAAAGGAAGAAUAACGACAGUGAAGAGAUUGGAGAGAGCAAUGAUGAACCAAAAAAUAAUCAGAAUAACAAGCUAAUUCGGAAAGGAAGUAGAACUUUGGCUCCUGAUGAAAUUGUUAUACUAAAAAGAGAUUCGGCUAAAAAGAGAAUUGAGGCAAACAUUCAAAAAGAAAAUAUGCAAACAGAGCAAGUCUUAGCGACGAGUUUAAAAGAACCAGUAGCUUUCGAGGUAAAAUUCGAAGAAAAGGAAAAAACUUCAAGGGAAAGAUCAAGAUCUCGUGUAAAAACAAAUACGACUAAUGCAAUAGAUAAAAACGAUGAAGAACAUCAGUAUUCUGAUGACUUUGAAUCUUAUGAAUCGGAUUUCGAAACUGAAUCGUCUACACACUCUCUGGCCACCUCUGAACCGUCAAGUACGGAAAGUGAAAAUGAAUCGGAGGCAUCAAUAGACAAUUAUGAUGAAAUACCGAAUCAAAGAGAUUCUCCAAAGGAAUUAACUGAUGAAAGUGAAGAUGAAGAUGACUCGGAAGUAACCCAAAAUCCAAUAACGGUCAUUCAGCAAGACAAGGAAAGAAAAUUAGAUUCUGGGCAUUAUGAAAUGAAUUCUCGCAAAACGCAUGGCCCCCAAUCAUCAUCAGAUAUUUCAAUGCAAUCUACCCAACCAAUAACUGACAGCUUGGAAGCCUUUAGUUUCGGAAUAUCGGAUCAGUUGGAUUCUGGAAUAUCAACAUACGGGACUUCUUCUCCUGCACAGCACAACAAAGUGAACAUAACAUACGGAGGCUAUAAAGACUUUAAUACCAAACCCAUCAUUAAUCAAAGGGGAUCUGAUCUGAUGUCUAAAAUUCAAUUUGAUGUCUUAAGCUUUACAUUUCUUGAUCUGAAACCGAUUUCUUAUGACAUAUUUAUGCAAACGUUUGGUAAACUUAAUACAAAUCAAAAUUUUACACAAACUCAAGGUAAUCUAAUGCAUGUAGAACAGCAGACAGAGUUGCACGAAACACGUUCUAUUUGGACGCAACAUCCACCUCAAUAUGAUCUAGAAAUAAUUAAAACUCUAGAUAAAAACGGUAUAUACAGUCAGAAUUGUUGUGGUGAAUUGAUGAAUGAGUGUCAAACACAGCUCAAGCCAGAUUGUGAACUGGAGCAAAGUUUAGACACAUUGAAACAACUUAAUAACCAAAGUAUCACACGCAACCACCAGAAUUAUCAAAAGCGACAAAGGAAGCCCAUCAACUAUGAACAUCUAAAUUCCUUCCUCCUGCGAUCGUCUCUUGUUAUUGAUCAAAUUCUUGGUUCCUCAAAUACCACAUCUAACCACGAACCACCACAAAAUUCUCCGUAUACAAAUGAUCAAGUCUUAUCGCGAGUUACUGAACAUUUUUAUUAUAUAGAAUCAAACUUGUUAAACACUUUACAAGUUCUAAAAGUAUUCUCCAAUAAUAAAUAUAAUUUACUUAUAACGGUGCAUGAAUCUUUGCCCGACACAAACGUGUACAGCACUGACUUUUCGAAUCUUCUGAUGGUUUGGUGCACCAACACCCGCAAUAAGCCACUACGUCUUUUAACAACUUGGAGUGAGGUUUCCAAAGUUGAAAUAUCUAACGAUUCGUCAGAUAUAAUAGUGGCGUCUUUAAGAGACGGGUCUAUAGCAUUAUGGGAUUUGAGAGAAACCUAUUCAUUUUGUUCGAAACUCGAUGGGUAUUUAACACAUUUUGCUGCCACACAAUCAUUGGUACCAUCUUGGUGUGGAGUUAAAAAUAAAUCCAAAAUAAUUAUGGAUUUGGGGGCCUGUUUGGAUAUAAAAAGUUUUAGAAGCCAAUCCAAUAACUUGCUAAUACAAAAGACAUUCCCGAUAACUCAGUUUAUUUCUUUGCAUGACUCAGGCAUUGUCACUGUUUGGACCUUAGUAGAAACUUCGGAAACAUCUAUUAACCUGUCACAAAUGAAAAAACAUGAAAAACUCAAAAACUCUUCAAAAAGGUCACAAACAUUCGAGUAUACUUCUCCAUGGGCCCGAGUAAAACUUAUGCAAAGUUGUAUAGUCAAUAUCAAAGAUUAUUUGGAAACAAAAGCACAUCACACUCAAUCUCGAUUUGACAAAACCAAAGCUUUAUUUCAAAAGGACAUCUAUAGCGACGAAGCAUUAAAAGAGCUCAACCAAUGCAGCCCAGAAAUGGGUCAACAAGGACUCCGUUUUACAAGCUUGGAAUGUGGUUCGGAGAACGUAUUCAUCUGCACAAAUCGAAACUAUAUAUUGAUGUGUUCCAAGACUCUUAAAAUGGACAAACUAAAGCGAAUAGUGAUACAUGAAAGUCGCUUCUUAUUUCCUACAGCUCUAAAAGUUUUAUCUAACGAGCAUUUCUUGGCUGUUGGGCUUUCCAAUGGUGCAGUCAUGAUUCUAAACUGUCAGUCAAACAAAGUUAAGCAAAAUGAUGACAAAUCAACAAGUACAUCAGCAUUAUCAGAAUCUGAAUCUGCAUCCGUGCCUCCCAGCAGAGAUUCAACUUUGGAUAUAAAUUCCAUAACAGGAAAAUCUUGUGCCAUACAGAACAUAUUAUUAAAUGCUCAAAAAUCCUAUGAAGAUAUGGACUUUGAUCGAGAAUAUCGUCCGAACACUGCGGCAUGUAUAGCUUUAAUUGACAGCAAACAAAAGCCAUUUGAAUUACGGAUAUUUGACCAACAGAUUAUUAUGAGCGGAUCGGUUUUAAGAAAAAAUCUCAUACAGUCCUUGGAACUAUCCUCAGAUGGUUGGCGUUUAUUUGCCCUGUCAAAUGGACACAUACGAAUAUACGACUUUUACUUAGAUCAAGAAAUUGACUACCAAGAAUCUCAAGAGACAGGCAAAAUUAUUGAUAUCGCAACUGGCAAAUGCGGUUCCAAAGAAAAUUGUUUAAUGCUUCUUAAGCCGAGCACACAAGUCGAAGUGCAUAUAUUAAAUAAAUAG